AAUGCAAAGAAUGCAUGGAAUCGUUUGAAGUGCGUGAUAAAAAUGAUGCAAAGUUGCGUUAUGUUCGGUGCAACGUGUGUAUUGAAAUACACUUGAGCAAAGCAAAUAAAAAGUUGGCGUCGCAUGUAACGAAACUUUUGUAUGACGUAUUCGUCGAUGCAAAAAAACUGGGUAAUUCAGCAUGGGGUUGGCCGUCGCGUGUUGUUGGUGCCGAGUCUGGGAGACUUUUUGAAUAUGAAAACAAAAAUUCGCCAACUGUGCCUUUUUUAAAUUUACAGUACGUGAACCCAGUUGCUCAUUUGGAAUUGUUAAGCACUAUCGUAAGAUCGGACAAGGAAUGUCUUGAAAGGAAACUGAAAACAGCUCUUGCUUGUUCUCUCCGUGUUGAUGGAUCGAUUGACCGCCAACAAAUCGACAAGAUUUACAUUUUGCUUAAAAUUGUCAAUGCUGAGGGUGAGCCCGAAUUAGUUUUUCUUGGUAUAGGCGAACAGAAAUUACGAGGUGCACUUGGUCUGUUUGAUGCCGUAAAAAGAGGUAUUAUUGACAAUAUUGGUGAGCAACUGUAUGAAACUGUUAUGUUGAGCAUCUCUUCGAUUUGUACCGACGGAACUAAUGUAAAUUCUGGCGAAAAGGGUGGUUUAUGGAAAUACAUUGAAGACGAAAUACGUCGCAUCAAGUCAGUUAUACCGCUGUUAAAAAUUUGGUGCAGUGCACAUCGUAUGGAAUUGGUUUGGGGUGACGUGAGCAAAACACAUACCAUCGUGCAAAACACUUUGAAUGAACUCAGUUCCAUUUCGUCAUAUUUUCGUCAAUCCGGCUUGCGUACAGCUGAGCUCGAAUCGAUUGCAGCUGAAUACAAACUACAUCUCUCGAAAUUGCCAAAAUUGUUUACAAUUCGUUGGACGGAGUAUAGCGCCGCAAUUAUAAAUAAUAUUUUGCGAUCAUGGGUGGCAUUAAUGACAUAUUUCGAUGAAAAUAAGAACAACGACAGCAAAGCAAACGGUUUUUUUAUUUUUCUUCAGAAAAUUGAUAAUCUUCGUGUCAUCGCAUUUUUGGCUGACUUAUUGAACAUUUAUUCUCGUUACCAGAAAAAAUUACAAGGCGAUGAUUUAACGAUCAUAAGUCUAGUGCAAAACAUCAAUUCUCUUCGUAAUGCACUGUUAACUUUACAGUCAGAUUUUCUUCUUGGUGGAUGGGAAGAGGCGCUAAAAAAUGACAUCGAAGAAACGGAUGAUGGAAGAUUUAUUCUGAAGCAUUUUGAACUUCAGCGAUCUGAAGACGGCCGUACAAGACAAGAAACGUCUGGCAUUGAUUUUCAAAGCAUUCGAAGUGAUAUAAUUGGUUCUAUUUUGAAUUGUCUUUCCGAACGGUUCGAUAGUGAUGAUAAGCAAAUAAAACUGAUAGAACCAUUUGUAACGUUUGAUCAACGUGCCGAUUUGCGCGAGAUUCACAAAAAUAGCAUGUUGCAAAAGUGCCUCACUAUCAUUUUGUAUGAAAAUUCUACAAAACGAUUCGAGCGCUGUUCGUAUGAUUACAUGACGGCUUUCAUUUGAACUAAUGUGAGGUACAUUUCAAAAGUAAAUUGCAACAUGCUAUUUUGCAACUGAUCUCGAUUCGACAUCAAUUCAAUUGCAAUAUAACGAGUUGGUUCAACAAAAGAUUGCACCGAAAUUGAAUGGGAAAUUGCAUAAAAUCAUCAAAACUCUUGCAAAAGAUUCUACAAAUUCGAAAAAUUACAAAGAAGUGCUGACCAUAUUAACACGAAUUCAAGCGUGUACGCCGCAUUCAGCGGACGUGGAAAGGUCUAUAAGCGCAAAUAACAGAAUAAAGACACCACUACGAAGCAGUAUCUCACUUGAAACGGAAGUAAAAUAUCUUUACGUUCAUUUUAAUAAGCCUGAUCUCGAAGACUGGGAUCCAAGGAUGGCAAUCAUUCAAUUUAUGAACGAAAAGCAACGCAAAGAUUUUUCCGGCGUUAUGGACAGAAAAACAAAGAAUGCGCCAUAUUUUAAAGGCAUAUCCAAAAGUGCUCGAGAACAAAAAGAAGAUUCCGAUGAAGAUGAUGAAAUCAAAACAAUUAAGAAAUUUUAAAGCACUCAUAAUUAUUAAAGUUUGAUAUAUUCUAUUCGUUUUUUUAAAUUUAGCUUUUCGUUUUCACUCAAAUAUUUACUGCUCAAUUCAUAACAAUAUUUAUUCAACUGCGUAGAUGAUAAGAAGGAGAAUUAAGUCUAUUUUCAUUUAUUUUACAGCAGAAAACCUAAGUUUUUUAAUUUUUUUUAAAUAUCGGGAUGUUCUUAAAUUUUGAAAUUUUAGGCCCUGCUUUCAACAGUAACAGUAUCAUUUAUACCAGAUUUGAUUUUAUUGCCGACUUGAACUAAUGAAGCACGCUUAUUGAAAUCUCAUCGUAGAUAAGAAGCCCAUCGAGUUUUUCGUUUGAAGAACUUUUUGAUAUGAUAAAUUCACCUGAUCUAAAUUACACCACUACAAAAUGUUUUUGAAUUUUUUUCAUAAGAUUCGUUGCGUGUAAAAAAAGAAGACACAAUACCGGCGUUUGAUCGAAAAACGCCUCAGCUGAUGCUCAACACAGUGUCACCCGGUGAUAUAUAGUGCACAGUGUGAACAUCUUUUUGUGUGCAUGUAUCAUUUCUAGUAUGAAUGGCUCACUCAUUCCGAAGAUAAGACGGCGUUUGUGGUCAAUCUUUGCACUCAACGUCAAGUUCAAAUGUACGCUUGCAAAUAAGUGCGAAAGAGACAACCGUUACGACAUUAAUAAUAAUAAUCAACGAACCGUAUGAGUAAUUCAGACGGCGCGACAAUUUCGAAAUGAUUUUUAUUUAUGAAACAAUUAUCAAGCAGGCACAAGUGAAAUUAUCUAUUACUCCCAAUUAUCACUCGGUGUGGCCAAUCCUAAGUAAAAAAUAACUGUUGAACUAUGCGAAACCUUUUGAUGAUCUGCAUAUAUUUGCCAAAACAAAUCAAAAUUAUUUUAUCGAACCGGUUUCUUCCAGUUUGUUGUUUAAAAUUGGAAGUUGGUUACGUUUAAUCUAGGAGAGAAACCAAAAUUGGUUAUUUUCCAAAAUAACAUUAGCAAUUAGAGCUAUUUUUUUAAUGCAUUCAUAUUUAUGGAAAUUUACUAUGAAAAUAAAACAUGGAGAAAAUAAUGAUCAAGCGAGUAGGUUAUCGCGAUUAUUGAACGACACUUUAUUCACGCAAUGAUUUCCAAUUUGCGAGAUUUCACAAUUUGAACGUUAUCUGUACCCUAUUAUCAUUCCAGACAAAAAAAAUGAACAAUUUAGCGAUUAAAUAAGCAGCGUCACAUGGGGAGACGCAGCGUGCGAUGAGGAGACUAUCGCUAUCGCACAGUUCUCAAAUUUAGCGUGCGCCUAUAAAGGCUCGCGCUGAACUCCUGUGAUUUUGUCACAGUCACACCGUGAAAAUGGCAGCUUCAUUGAAAAUUGCUUGCUUCCUUCUGAUUUCAAUCGUUCAAUUGGGCCAUUCAAAAGAUAUUGGCCGAAACAGUGUGGAUUCAAAGCAGAACAUUGAAGAUGAUAAGCUGAUUUUUUCACAUACGUUGUGUCGUCAUGGUGAUAGGAACAUUCACUCAUCUUUUCCGAACGAUCCAUGGAAAUCUCUCGAGCAUUGGCCGUAUGGUGGUUAUGCAUGUUUGACAAACAUUGGCCGACAACAACAAUUUAAAUUGGGUCAAUAUUUUCGGCAGCGAUACUCGAGCCUGCUCGGAGAUGGCAACUAUUCACAAAAUAGCAUCUACGUUCGAUCAACGAAUGUGGAUCGAGUAUUGAAAAGUGCAAAGGCUAAUCUAGCCGGACUCUACUGUCAGGCCGAAAAUCAAGAGUGGAAUGAAAAUAUCGAAGAGCAUAUUUCGAUUCCAGAAAUUCAUACACAACCACUUGCAAAUGACUACGUUCUGGCAUCGGAAAAACGAUGCGAUCACUUUGACUACAUGAUGUUUGAACACAUGAACUCCGCCGAAAUUAAGGGAAUCUUUAAGAAGUACAAAUCACUGAUCAGGUACUUGGAAGAGAAUUCAGGUAAAAAACUGCCAACACUCACCGACAUCAACGUUCUUUAUGACACGCUCUUCAUCGAACAACUAAAGGGCAAACGACUGCCAUCGUGGGCUGACGAAGUCAUGAAUGAAGGUGGCAACUUUGAAUAUCUCAUGCAUUACUACUUCCAAAUGUUCACGCCAAACAACGAAAUGAAAAAAAUAAAAUCUGGGUUCUUGCUUAAGGAGAUUCUAGAUCGUUUUACGAAUAAGACACAGUCGACACUGUCACUGAACCGUUCAUUGUAUUUAUACUUUGCACACGAUAUUACGAUAUCAAACAUGUUGAACAGCUUAGGUCUCUUCAAGCUCCAUCAACCUCCGUACUCAUCAUGUGUGUUCUUUGAAUUGUACCAAGCCGACGACCAUGCUCACUAUCUACAACUGUUCUACAAAAACUCUACGGCAACCGAUUUUCCAGCACUAGAAAUCCCAGCCUGCGGUACAAAGUGCCCCUUAGAAAAAAUGUACGAACUAUAUCAUGACAUUAUACCAACGCAAAGUUUCGAAAAAGAAUGCGAAUUACGCGAUGGUGAAAUACUACCCGCUAGCGGAUCUAUAGAAAAUAAUUCUUUGUGAAUCAAUGUUCCUACUCUUUUCUGAAGACUUGUUGAUCAAAUGAAAGAAGAAAAGCUAAUUUAUUGAAUUAUAUAUUUCAAUUUGUUUUCCAACUUUUUUAUUGAAUAAUAAUAAUGGCUUUCGUAAUUUA